UCUAUUCGGAUGACAUUUAUGUACGCACCAAAACCGGAAACGGGUCAAGCUAGUAAACAAUGCGAGGCCUGACGAAGUCUCUCCAUCCCAUCUGUAAACUGUGGCCACACGUUGAGGAGAAACACUUUGCAGGCUUUCAGUAAAAUGUCCAAAGCGGAAGUUCUGAGAGGAUUCGUCACCGAGAGACUCGCCGCCGCCUCGGAGGAGAUUCUCGCGGUUGUGGACAGAAUCGUAGCCGAUUACGAGGAAGAGGCUUCGGGCUUCAGGCAGCAGAUCGACCGGCAGAGGAGCCAGCUGGAGCUCCUGCAGGCUCAGGACACACUCAACACUGCAGGUGUGAAGGGCUUCGACCCUGUUGAGGAAGAGGAGGAUGAAGAAGAUGAGGAGGAUGAAUCCUGUGAGCAUCCAGAGAAGCUGGAGGACUCGACUAAACGACCUUCAUCAAGGUCUUUCCCCCCCAGAUGUGAGAAUACGAAGAGGAAAGCCGGCAGAGCUCAGACCAGUGAGACACAGAACCACGUGGACCUCAGGAUCCGGAUCCUGGAGGACUCUCGCACCAAUGUGCUCUCCAACAAAGUUCUGAAGAAGUGUCCGAUGCGGAAGCUGAAGUGUCCGCGCGGCCUGCAGGAGGCAGACUUCCUGGACUUGCUCAGGUGCACCUUCCCUCAGCUGACCGGAGAAAACAAAAGUUUUGUCAUCUUCACGUCCGACAAGAGACGGAGACUCCAAGCGCUGAGAGUGAAGACUCUGACGGCGGAGGAGAUCCACAGGAACGUCAGCGGCGCAGGGUGGAAGUCAACGCUCUACAUCAGACUCCAGACACACAAGGAUCCUGAGACCAGCGAGGAAGAGAAUAAUCCUCCACAGACAAACUCCGGAGACGGCCCGUGUGAUGAAAGCAGACCUCAAACAAGCAGCCCCGUCCAGGAGGUCGAAGGCAGCAGAGAAGACGUUUUGUCCAGCAGCUCGACAUCCCAACAACAACACAUGGAAACAGAGGAAGCUGGUGAUGAGGAUCGUGGGAUAUCGGAACCAGCUGAGAGGAAAGGGGACGGUGGCGAGGACAUUGAAAAGGAAGAAGCGAAUGUCAGCUGUGACUCUUGGAAACCAGACAUGGAAAGUUCAGAACUGCAGUCGAAGAGGACAAAGAAAGAAAAAGCCCAACGCUCUGGGGUCAAGGCUGAGAACUGUGCUGAUGAUCUCUCCUGCAAAGUCUGCGGAGCUCUGCACACAUUGGAAAUCGCAGCCAUUAAACACGCCUGGAGUCAUGUUGACACUACAGGAAGUCUUUGCGGAGUGUGCGGCGAGCUUUCAGAGUCUGUUGAGGCGUUAAAAGAUCAUCUUCAAAGUCACCACAAAACUGACGAUUGUCACAUCUGCGGAGAGUCUUUCCUCGAUAUGCUCAGCCUCAACGAGCAUGUGGCUGCCCACUCAGGGGAGAGAUCGUACAAAUGCGAUGUUUGCCACGACGCAUUUGCAUUGAAGGUGACCCUGGAGAAUCACCAGAAACUCCACAAGGCGGGUAAACUGAACAAAUGUUACACGUGCCAUAAAGUGUUCACGCUGAAGGAACAGUUAAAAGCUCACCGCAGGACUCACAGCAACAAAAAGACGCACCUCUGCGGCGUGUGCGGUAAAGCCCUCAGUGACUAUAGGUCUUUAUCCCGCCACAAGAUGACCCACUCCGGGGAAAGACCUCACAGCUGUCACGUUUGCGGGAGGCGUUUCAAACUACCGGGGACGCUGAGACAGCACGAGAAGAUUCACACAGACCGAGAGAGAUCGUACCUCUGCGACGUUUGCUGCAAAAUGUUCCUGACGAGCAAGCAGCUGCAAAUCCACAUGAGAACGCACACCAACGAGAAGCCGUACCACUGUGGGGAAUGCGGCAAGGGAUUUACCACCAAGGGACCUUUGACGAUUCACAUGCGGGUCCACACCGGAGAGACACCGUACCGCUGCCCGGACUGCGGCUGGUCCUUCAAACGCAAGAUUAAUCUGGAUAACCACGUGACGGUACAUUCAGGCCUCAAACCGUUUGUUUGCGGGACUUGUGGGAAAGCGUGCGCCCGCAAAACGUAUUUGACAGUCCAUAUGAGGACCCACAACGGGGAGAGACCAUACAAGUGUACCCUCUGUGACAAAGCCUUCACUCAGAGCCACUGUUUGAAAACACACAUGAAGAGCCACCAGGGGGAAGAAGCUGCAACGUGACACUGACAAUGCACCAAAUUAAUAUUUUACAUAUUUCCUGUGAGAAUUAUUGUGUUUUCCUCAAUUUAAUUUAUUGUUUCUUCAAGUUACGUAAAGGUCCCUGUACAAAGUGCAGAGUUUUUUCAUUUCAUACUGUGAGACGGCUCAAGUAAAUCUGUACAAUCUCAGUUUUGAGGCUGUCAAAGUAAAAC